AUGGCGAAGAUGAUUGCAAAUCGUAUGAAACCGCUACUUGAGGGGUUGAUUUCUGUUUCGCAAAGUGCUUUUUUGCCAGGUAGGUUGAUUUCAGACAAUAUACUUAUUGCGUCUGAGGUUGGCCAUUAUUUGAGGUGGAAACAGUUGGGGCAGGUGGGGUGGGCGGCCUUGAAGCUUGAUAUGGCGAAAGCCUAUGACAGGAUGGAGUGGCCUUUUGUGCAACGGAUGAUGACUGGAUUGGGCUUUGAUGAUAGAUGGGUCCAGUUGGUAAUGUUGUGUGUGCAGACAGUGCGGUACAGGGUGCUUGUCAAUGGAAAGUCAACGGAGGAAAUAGUGCCCACGAGGGGGCUGAGACAGGGGGAUCCGUUGUCUCCUUAUCUUUUUAUAAUUUGUGCUGAGGGCUUAUCGUUGUUAUUGCAGGAUUCUCAGGCAAAAGGUCUUUUACAUGGGUGCAGAGUAGCAAGAGGGGCUCCGGCUAUCUCACAUCUGUUCUUUGCAGAUGAUAGCUUGCUUUUCUUUAAGGCUAAUAUGCAGGAAGCCCAGGAGGUAAAGAAAUGUUUGGGGAUUUAUGAGGCGUUCUCUGGUCAGGCUGUUAAUUUCCAGAAGUCCAGUAUUACGUUUAGUCGUAAUACACAGGCGGGGGUACGGGACCAAGUGGCAAAUGAGUUGGGGGUGGGCCAAGCAGAGGAUUUCGGAAAGUAUCUGGGUUUACCUUCGGUUGUGGGCCGUAAUAGAAGGGCAGUAUUUGCGUAUGUAGAGCAAAAGUUGAAACAGAGGUUCGGAUCAUGGAACAAAAAGUUGCUGUCUAAGGCUGGAAAAGAAGUACUCUUAAAGAGUGUAGCGCAGGCAAUGCCCACUUACACAAUGAGUAUUUAUUUACUUCCUGUGACUUUGUGUAUGGCUCUUGAAAGGUUGAUGAACAGGUACUGGUGGGGACAGAGUGGCUCGCAGAAUAGUAUACACUGGAUGUCAUGGGAUCGAAUGUGUGUCCCAAAGAAGUUUGGAGGUAUGGGUUUUAAACGAAUACGUGAGUUUAAUAUUGCUCUGUUAGCCAAGCAGGGGUGGCGGUUGUUAACCAGUACGGAGUCCCUUGUGGCUCGUGUGUUCAAAGCCAGGUACUAUCCUACAUCCUCUUUUUAUGAAGCCACAAUUGGAGGCAACCCGAGUUAUGUGUGGAGGAGUAUAUUGGCAGGGCAGGCGUUACUAAAGUCUGGUUGCAGGCGUAGGAUUGGUAACGGAAGGGCCACGAGAGUGCUUAAUCAUCCGUGGUUGCCUGAUGCUACAGAUCCAUAUGUGGCCUCGACCCAUCCAGAACUGGGGCAGGAGCUGCUGGUUUCGGAUUUGAUUGAUAGUACCACGGGUGGAUGGAAUAAUGGUCUGCUAGUUGAGUUGUUUGCCCCACGUGAUAUUAUGUUGAUUAAGCAGCUGUCUGUGUGUUUGGAUUAUGAUGAUGACUGGUUUUGGGACAGGGAUCUGAGGGGUUGCUACUCGGUUAAGGAUGGAUACAGGAGGAUGGGAGAGGUCAAUGGCCCGUUUAUGCCAGUGUGGAGUAAUUUGUGGAGUUUACAGGUCCCCCCUAGAUGGAGAAUUUUUAUGUGGAGAGCAUUGUCUAAUAUUUUGCCCACUCUAGAUAAUUUGUUGAAUAAAAGAGUGGAGAUAGUUAAUAUUUGUCCAGCUUGUGGUAUGGAUGAGGAAAAUAUCAUGCAUGUUUUAUGUACUUGCCCUUUUGCAUCACAGGUGUGGAAUAUCUCUCAUCUGCUAAUCCCUGCUUUUGACAACAGGAAUUUCACCCAAUGGACUGAUCUCUGGCUUGGUUCUACGAGUCCUUACAAUGCUGAUCAACAAGGGAGGAUUUGUGGCAUGUUAUAUGUCAUCUGGACUGCUAGAAAUGAGGCUGUUUGGGAUGGCUUUUUGCCAAUGCCAUGUGUGGUGGUAAGGAGAUUCACAGUGAAGUGGAACUCUUGGACUACUGUUGAACAACAACGUCGAAGCACCCUCAGUGCCCAUCAACCCGCCACUACAGCAAUGUUAGACGAUGGUGUAGUAUGUCAUGUUGACGCAGGCUUUAAUGGACCGGCACAGGCGCCGGCUUUCGGUUUUGUAGUGCACGAGUUAGAUGGAACCUUUGUGGCGGCAGGGAAUGUCCCGAUUAUUUGCCCUUAUGACCCUCUCCUGGCGGAAGCAAUGGCUAUGCGUGAGGUCUUAUCAUGGCUAAGGGAGAAUGGAUACUCGAGGAUUUCUGUGUGUUCCGAUAGUCUCGUUUUAGUUUCCAGUCUGAAGCAUGCUAGUUCUUUUCGUACUUAUUUUGGUAGUGUUUUGUUAGAUUGUAAUCGUUUGCUGUCUGCUAUGGCUAGAUCAGUUGUUAUUCAUGUUCGUAGGAGUGUUUUACAGGAUGCCCAUGUUAUGGCUAAGCAUGAAACUGCCUCUAUGGCGCGAACUGUCUGGAGGGAUUUUCCUCCUUCUUUUCUUGAGCCUGGAAUGGCUAAUGCAUUAUAA